CACCUCCUGCCAGGUUAUAUGCAUGGCCCAAGCCCCGUCCUAACUGCAACGCCCAAAUUCACCCCGACCUGCGGCCUCACGGGCCGCUCCUCACUGUUCACCCUGUUUUCUCACCUCCUCUCCCAGGUUAUGGGCACGCUGCUCCCGGCACCGACGCGGGCAAGGCCUUCUGCAUGUUCUACGCCGUGCUGGGCAUCCCGCUGACGCUGGUCAUGUUCCAGAGCCUGGGCGAGCGGAUGAACACAUUCGUACGCUACCUGCUGAAGCGCAUGAAGAGGUGCUGCGGCAUGCGCAACACGGAGGUGUCCAUGGAGAACAUGGUGACCGUGGGCUUCUUCUCCUGCAUGGGGACGCUGUGCAUCGGAGCGGCUGCCUUCUCCCAGUGCGAGGAGUGGAGCUUCUUCCACGCCUACUACUACUGCUUUAUCACGUUGACUACCAUUGGGUUCGGGGACUAUGUGGCCCUGCAGACCAAGGGCGCCCUGCAAAAGAAGCCGCUCUACGUGGCCUUUAGCUUUAUGUAUAUCCUCGUGGGGCUGACGGUCAUCGGGGCCUUCCUCAACCUGGUGGUCCUCAGGUUCCUGACCAUGAACAGCGAGGACGAGCGGCGGGACGCCGAGGAGAGGGCAUCCCUUGCCGGAAACCGCAACAGCAUGGUCAUCCACAUCCCGGAGGAGGCGCGGCAGGGCCGGCCCCGCUACAAAGCGGACGUCGCGGACCUGCAGUCCGUGUGCUCCUGCACGUGCUACCGCCCGCAGGAAUACGGUGGCCGCCCGGCGGCGCACCAGAACUCCUUCAGCGCCAAGCUUGCCCCCCAGUACUUCCACUCCAUCUCUUACAAGAUCGAGGAGAUCUCACCAAGCACAUUAAAAAACAGCCUCUUCCCAUCCCCCAUCAGCUCCAUUUCUCCCGGGUUACACAGCUUUACUGACAACCACAGGCUCAUGAGACGGCGGAAGUCCAUCUAGGGUGUGGGAGGGAAACACAAGCAGAAAAAGCCACUUGUCAUAGUUGACGUUCAGUCUCAUUGGCCCCACGUGUCUUUUCUUGUUUAUUUAUUGUUGUUAUCUUUUAUUAUUAUUGUCAUCGCUUUUUCUUUCUGUCCUCCCUUCUUGGUUUCGUGUCCUCCCCACCGUUCCAGCGAGACAGAGCCGGCCAAAGGGAAAAGAAAGGCCCGUCUUCCUCUGAAACUCGCAUCUGAGCAUGAAGCAUGGAUUUCUUCCUUCUUCCCAGCGAAGUAUGCCUUACAUUUCUGCCCAACCUGCCCCAUCUCUGGGGUGGCUUUCCCAGGACAGGUGUGAGACCAAGACAAGGAGACAGAGCUGAGAGGAUACCCAACCCAAAGUUGCACACCCAGCUGAGAGCCUUGAGCGCCCACCCACAGUGGUGUCUCUGACCCAACUCCUCUCUCUUUCCCUUCCCAAGCAGCAGGUGGCCGUAUGUGUGUGGUCUGAGAGUGUGUGAGUGAAUGCACACACCAGUGUGCUUGUGUAUGUGUGGUGUGUGUGGUGUGUGCACCGUGUGACCAAAUGGAAAGUAUCAGGUAUUUAGCUUUCUUUUCCAUCACAGUUUUGUUAAUAACCUGCUUUUGGCUGCUUCCAAACAAAAAAAUGGGAAAACAAAACCUAUGAGGUUUUUGAUUUAUCAUCUUGCCAAAUCAAGCAUGUUCCAUAAGCAGUCUUUAUCCCAGAUGUGUCAUGAUCACAUUUUUAAAAUGCUAGGUUCUAAAUUAUAUUAGCUUCUUUUUAGGGGGUGGGGGGCAAGAAGACAUGGAUCAUUUUAGCUUGCCAGUUCAAAAAUUUUUAACAAGCAUGCACUUUGUUAAACUGGUAUGCGUUAUCAACACAAGAAAACAAAACUAGCAAUGGAAUAAUCAAAAGCCAAUAAUUUAUUAGAGAUACUUUUAAUUUUACCAUCUUCUGUUCCAACAAUUUUCUGUGCAACUGGAAGUAUCAGGGGAAACUGGAAAAUUGUUGCAACUACAGAGUACCUAUUUUAUUAUUUCUUAUUUAUGUGAUGAUGAUGAUGAUCUGUGCAGCGUCUACCUACAUGAGUAAGAAUUACAGUUUGCGAUGCUUGGAUGAGAAUGGGUAUUUGUCAGUGGAUGUUGGAUGUGGUUUCUUUUCCUAAUUAAAAAAAAUGACAGGGCACUCCUCAUUUUAAAGAAUAUAUAUAAUGUAUUUUAAGAAAGAUUGUCUUUAACUGCAUUUGAUCUGUAAAUAAGGGAACGUUGAUGUUGGUCUCAGGAAGAGUUUAGAGGCAAGGAGCUGUGUCUUGGUCUGCUGGGAACUUGUCAAUCUCAGGGGAUGAUUUUUUCUGAAUAGUGGAGAAAUUCCUCCCCACUCUCUAUAGGGGAUGAUGCAAAAGGGAAGGCCUGCUAGUCUCCUGGGGCCCAGUUAGGCUAUUGAAUGUGACACAUUGGAGGCCCUUCUCAUGACAGGAAUAAAGGAAGGUCUAACCUCCAGCUUCAGAGGGGACUUGUCAAUUCCCUCAUCCCUGUCUCUGCCGUUUCUAAAAAUCAGCCACCCUCGCACUCAUUUCUCAUAAACUCAAGUUCUUGGCUCUUGGCUGGAAAUGAGCAUUGGCUGUGCUGCUCAGAAGGAACAGUGGGCUCUCCCAGAAUGGAGGAGCGGCUCCCUGGGAAGAGCAGCCCUACAAGGUUUCCUAAAGAGAUGGCUGCAGGUGCAUCCGUCCCAAGCAUCUGGGCCGUUGGACUGAACACAGCACUCAAGAUUCCUCUGAGGGGACGUGCACUUUAAUGUUACAUCCCAUGUUGAAAAUGGCCCUGUCGUCCAGGACACGGGGCCUGUGGAAGGAGUCUGGGAACCUCAGGUUCUUGAGGCCAAAGUGGACAGUUAUCAGUCUUCAAGGUCAUAUCCAUUAACUCAUUUUUAAGAUUUUUUUAAAUUUUAAGGCUCUAAAAUCUGUCUAGAGAGUAGAAACAGUUGUUCUUUAAUUAUUUUUUCCUCUUGUAAGAACAUUUUGGCUACCGGGGGUCAGCGGUGCAGAAGUACUAUGCGUAUUAGCAGAGCGCUUCAUGCUCUGGGGGGGUGGGGGUGGGGGCUGCUUGGAGCACAUGUAGGGUUUCUCCUGAAAACUUUUGUAAGAUUUGCUCUUGGUGGAGGGAGGGUCAUCAUCUUUGAUCUAUAAAAGAAACGGGGGCGCUGAGAAUGAGUGGUUUGCUCCAUGUCACAGAGCUGGUCCUUGGUAGAACUGAGACAUUACUCUCAGUCUGGACCCCAAAAGGGUCCAAGAAGCUGACUGCCGCACCACAGCAUCCUCAUUCAGCCCUCAGAUGAGGGAACCAGCUUCUCUUUCUCCACAGGUAGAUGCACCAGGCCCUUGGAGUCCAUUAGAGGAACGUGGGUUCAACCCUUCAUUCAGAACUGGUUCCCCCACCAGUGUACAGCGGUCAUAAAGUGGCCUACUUCUGCUUGAAUGCUUCCAGUGACAGGGAGCUCCUCACUUCACAGGGAGAUCUAGAAAACAUUCCAAAAUCUUCUUCUGCAGAGCUGACUCUCCUUUAUGGGCUUAAGGUGGGUAGCAUGAAGUCUUUUCUGUUUGUGGGAUGACCACUAACUUAAGCAUCUGAAGCAACUUGGAAUCAGUCUUGGUUCCGUAUCCCCCUUGUUUCUUCUGCCCUUUGCUACCAGCUCAUCCUUCUCUAGGACACUCACCGAGUCUUGUCUUCUGAAGUGAAACACCCUUGUUUAUGCUCAGAGUGUUCGGGGGUGGAGGUGAGCCUUGGUUUGCUUCCCUUGUGAUGUCCAUCUUUUCCUCAGAUGGUCCAUCUCUUCCCUACCAUGGUCUCUGGCCAAGGAGUCCUUUAGGUGCAUCCAGCGAGGGCCUCUGAUGGAGGCAAUGAGUCAAGCCUUCCCUGGGGUUCUCCUCUUUUGAUAAAGCAGGAUGGGGCAUCUCCACCUGGAGCUUGGCCCACUUGAUCAGUACUGGAAUCCUCAAAAGCCAGGAGGAUGCCUACUCUGAGUCACCUUGCAGAGGUCCCUCAUGUUCAGAGAAGGAAAUCGAAGUCCAGAAAGGCUGGACACAAUUCUGAGGUCCCACAGCCAGAACCGAGGCAUCCCCGCUUGUUCCUCUUUCUGCUGCGUUGCCGGCUGCUGCGACCGAACAGCCCUGUUGCUGGACUUCGUAGCAUCUCAGGCUCAGGGCUCCUCCUCCCUCACACCUGCUGGUGUUUUUCUUUCAGCCCAGGUUUCCCACACCCGUCUUCCAGUUGACCACACCCACUCUGAUGGGGAAGAAAUCACACCAGGUUGUUUGGAUUCAGGCUUCAACUUCUGUUAGAAUGAGCUGAGGAAGAGCCACAUCCCCCAGAAUCACAGGAGGGUGGCCUGCCACCCAGGCCUGGGUGGGGUGAGAAAUCAGCGUGGCCGGUAGGUACUUGACAAGGCUUUGGACGCUCACUUGAACGCUUUCCCACUAGGCGAUCUCAGGCCGUCCCCUUCAUUAAAGGACAGAAGGAAGGUGGGGAGUGGUAUCGAUCAUUCCCACCAGCUCUGGGUGUCACGUUUUCUAGAGACCGUCCCAUUUUAAUCUUUAUGGCAUCCAUCCGGGGUGGAAGGUGCUGUCACACCAUUGGCCUGCUGGACUCUUUACAUAGGAGUGAAGCAACCUGUCUGGGUUCUGAGGUACCCGGCUAGCCCCAGAGCUGGGGUCAGAGCUCUUCUUUUCCAUCUGCACCACUUUGUCCUGAAACCCAGGCAGCAGCCUCUUAAACACAGUGGGCUGCCUGGUGCUCUAAAUUUAAACACUCUGAAGCAUCUGUUGCACUCCCAUUGUGCCUCGCUGACUGGGAGAAGGGUGUCUGUACUUCGGAAUGAUCACAGCAGACUGAAGCCCAGGAAUCCCACUGGGUCCCUAAUCCUUCCAGGAGAGGAAACAAGUGGACACAGACUAGCCCAGGAGACCUCUCCUCUGCAGGUGCUCGUGAAGCCCAUCCAUACAGAAGGGGGCGCUGACUGCUGACUCGUGGUCCGCUGUUUGGCCUCUGCACACGGGGCCCCGAUUAGGAGAGUGUCUGGAUGGUAAAGCAGACGCCCACAGACAAGCCCAGGCAGGCCAGUCUUCUCUGCCUCCAGAUACGAAAGCCUUGUGGGUCCUGAGUCCCACUGACUCCUGGUCGCUGGCUGCCGGAAGCUGGAGAGAAGGCUUUAGAGGCAUUUACUGUCUGUGAGUUGAGUUGGAGAGGAAGGUAGGGGAGCAAAAGAUGAUUAAAAAGGAAAGCCACCCAUCGCCGAGGUUUUUGGCCCUACGUCUUUAUGCCGUCUUCUUUUAAAAAUCAGAGGCCCUAGUUAGUGUUCCAGCCAAGGCAUCCACGGAGGUGGGAGGUCUGCGGCCUGUGCCGGAAGGUGUCCCUUCUCUUGGUGGGAUGGGUGUGGUCGUCUGUCAGUCAUUCCAGUGAGUUGUGUCAUCCUUCUGAAAAGAAGAGGGACAAGGGGCCCCUCAUGCAGGCCUGCUGCCUGGGGGCCUCAAGUGUGCUUCUUACAGUCGUGGUUUGUGUGGGACCCCAGAAGCAUGCCAGGCUUACAAGGAGAGGGUGGCAGGGCAGGGACCCCACUCACCCCUCCUGCUUCCCUGGGCUCCUGGAAGUCAGCUCCCCUCCCUGGGCCAUGGCGGGCCAGCUUGCUGGACUUGCUGCACAUUUAGCCUGAAAUGAGUUUGAUCAAUGAAGACAUUUGGCCUGGACGUCCUGGUCACUGGGCACAUUUGAGGGUUGAGCCACAAAAAUGAAAAUGAAAACCAAACCCCACUUUGUCUGGCAGCGGGGAAGCGGGGGGACAAGCAGGGGCGCUGAGAGCAGUGUCGUCAUGCGAGCCAAGGCCGCGUGCGCGCCGGGCUCCCCGAAGCCCUGGGCGGAAGUCUGUUUCCUGUGGUUGCGUCUGAGCGCACCUUAGGAGAGGCUACCGAUUCAGAGAAGGGAAGCUCGCACUGUGAUCCCCGCCCACCCCCACCGACUUCGUUCUGAAGCUUCCAGAUUUACAGAAGAGUUGAGAGAGCGUGGUGAGCCCCCACCUGCCUUUCACCCGGACUCGCCAGCCUUCAGCGCUCUGCCGUGUUUGCUCAGCCCCCUCCCACCCUGACCCCCUCCACUCCCGCAUUCACACAGGGAGGUACUGGGAGGAUGAAGCGAUGUCUGCAGCCUUUGGGUGGUUCAGCCAAAGGGAAACUUGUUUCUCUCCCAGGAACAAGAGCGUUCUCUUUGGUACCAGGGCCAUUUUCACCUCUAAAAAGUUGAGCAUCCGUACAAUGAUAUCUAAGGCACCACCCGUAGUCACAUUUCCCCAGUUGUCCCCAAAAUAUCCUCCAGAGCUUUUUUGUGGAUCUGAGGACAGUCCAGGACUGCCUCCCACGUUGCUUGUCCACGUGCCCCAGACACCCCCAGUCUAGGACAUUCUCCACUAGUUUUGUUUUUCAUGAUGUUGCCAUUUUGGAGCUUGGGCCAGGCGUCUUGUGGGCUGCCCCACGAUCUGUCUCUGUUUCCUCAGGUUAAGGAAUUUAGGGAAGAGGACAGUGUAGGUGUCAUUACGAGUCAUGCGUUUGGGAAAUCUGGCUCUCUGGAGACCUCUGUGAUUACCUCUUUCAUUGUAGAUAAAUGAGGCAUGCCAAAUGCUGCUCUCCGCUGUUGGAGACACUAACUGAAGCUUCAGAAGGAGGUCCAAAAACCCUGGACGCUGGGUCUCAUCGCUAAAGCCAAGCAAGGCCCUGCUAUUUCUGACCUCUCACGUGAAUUCUCUUCUGUGCUGAGUGUCAGCAAUCUUCUCCCCAAACACCUGUGGCGAUGAUCCAGCUAUAAAUAGACAUCAAGCACGCAGACAUUCUUUCAUCGACUGUAAAGAGCCAGCGGGUGCAACCCAGUAGGUUGGAUGUGAGGUGAGGAUGCCUGUAAGCCAGUGGGGCACUUGGGCACCCAGCUGCAUGAGUGGUCACGGUGACCGAGCCUUUCCUGUCACUGCUAGAAGUGAGAUCUGUUGUUGUGGCACUGCUCUUGGCCAGGAAGGGUUAAAACUUGUGACCUCCAUUUGAGAUGGUUCUUGGCACUGGCGAGUUCUAGUCUGUGUACACUGGCCCUCUCAGUCUGGUAACGAAAAGCAAUCUACCUGCUUCUAUUUGAUCAGGAACACCUGCCCAUGCUGAUGCCCACCUGUCCAGGCUGUUUCUGCCACCUGGAAGGGCUCUCUGCUGCUCCCCAGCAUGGAGGUGGACAUGGGACCAUCUCACACACCAUCCUUUAAAAGCUUCUCCUAUUUGCUCCACAGGGGAUUCAGGGAGGCCCUGCUCUGAGGUCCCCAGUCCUUUCUAUCGUGGAUGAACACACUGAGAAGCCACCCUCUGAUGGCCCUGGCUUUCGGAGCUGCGAAGCCCAGGCAGCACCCAGAGAGGGGAAUAGACAGUCGGACUCCCAGCAUCCAACCUAAAUGCGCAUUCAUCACUUUCAUCAGGCAUGUCUUAAGUUCAAUGCAGGCGUUUGCUCCUUCCGCGGAAACCGAUGCACAUCUGUGGGAUGAAAACCAUCCUCCCACCGCCCGGCAGCGCUGGAUGUGUCGUGUGCAGUCGGGCAUUUCCCACAGAGCAGGUGACAGGCUUGUGACAUUGCACCCUGUUGGAGAUUGCACGUAAACCCGGCUGCAGAGCGGCUGCAGGGACAGCAUGUGAUGGCACUUACCGGGCACCUGCUCUGAGCUGGGUACCGAGCCGGUGUUCUCACACUGUUCGCAUUUCUCGCAAAGCCCAGUCCGAGUCUCCUGCAAGGUUACUCUGGGGCAUUUGACUUGCAGUCAAAAUAUGGAAGGAACUAAUCAGCCUGAUGGAGGAACUCAGGCAGGGCUUCACGGAGGAACUGGCUUUUGAUAAUCUUUGAGGAGAACCUUGGAGGAGCAAGUGGGCACUGUUUUAGGCGAGGCACGGACGUAUGAAAGUUCAGGGAGCACAGAUUUCAUCCACUGAUCAGUGGACUCUUGCCACAGAGCCACGCCUGGUGGAUGAGGCAGUGAAGUGUCAAGGCCCUUCACAAGCUGGUCACAUGCUAAGUCAUCCAGGCCAUUCUUAUGCUCAGGAAGCUUCAUGGCUCCCCAGUGCCCUCGCACAAGGUUAUUUCAAGGUCCUUCAGUCUAAUAGCCAUAGCCUGAGUCUUGGGCUCCUUGGAGGAGCUAGCCAUCCUAAUGUCCCUUUGGGUCCUCCUUUGAUAAUGAAAGUCUGCAAGUAGAUCCUGUCCCAUCUCUCUGAGCCUGUUUCCUCUUUUGUGAACGAGGGUCUGGAAGGGUGGAUUUUCCCAGAAGGACUGGGGUUGGAAACCAGUCCGGUUUCUCGGAGACCUCUGCCAUCCAGAGAGCAGCUCUCAGUCUUGAAAAGGGAAGUCUUGUGACGUUUAGCCAUAAACCUCGGACACUAGAAACAAAACCUCAGCUUUGCCUCUCCCAGCUCCUGGGCGUUGGGAGGUGGAGAACUCAGGGCCCUUUGUAAGCACCGAACAGCGGCUUCCCUUUCUUCCUCUUUGUUAUCGGGCCACGUGGCCUCUGGCAAGUCACUUCCUAGCCUUUUCUACGAAGGAUGAAAUGGUCAGGGGAGAAGCAGAUGUCUCCCAGACAGGUGCCGGCAAAGACAAAAGGGGAUAAGGUCAUGCACCAGGUCCUUGACGGGCAGUUCCGUGGGGGGCGGGGUGGCCAAGGGCCCCCGCAUAGGGUUCCUAAGCUGGGCCAGCUCCUUGCUCCUGGGGAGUCUCCUCCUUGCACUGGAAGGACUAGGUCUUCCCCCAGCUCCUCUGGCCCUUCCGUUAACAGCCUCUUGCUUGUGGCCCUGCUCUCGGCCCCCAGAUGCUUGGCUGUGCUGUGGGCGGGACGUUUUCUAGUGAGCCGGAGCCCACCUUGCCCCCACCAGCCUUGCGGGAAGCCCUGCCUUUUCUCACCCUGAGAGGAAAAAGCCCCUGAGGCGCGAGGCAGCAGCUGUGAGGUGCUGUAAUCCUGCCCAGCUGAUUCAUUAUCCCGUGAUGGUUUACGGAGUGUCUGAGCAUUUGCCACCAGCCAACCUCAGCAAGAGGCCAUUGUGGUCAACCAGACGCCCACGCUUCCUGGCCUCGUAAGGCUAAAAUUCCUAGGGCCACACACUUCCAAGAUGCAGAGGGUCUAGAGACAGAGUCAGACGAGCAGGUAUUGGAACCAAAUCAUGGCCCGGCCAUCCCGGCAUUUUCUUGCGCUGAAUUUUAAAAGUUGGGUCGAAAAAGAAAAAUCCAAUGAAGGGAAGAACACGAUUAGCGGGAACCCAAUGAAGCAGAACCCACAAUUACCACAACUUCUCUGUAAUUUGAUGGCUUCUCGGAGAAGAACACAACCUUGAAACAGACUAAUUAUAUAUCUGCUUAUUCAGCCCACAAAUAGCAUUUUGACAGCCAUUUGGGGCUGGAAGGGACCUCCAGAGGCCAUCUCAGUCCACCCUCUGCUUUAUCAGAAAUCUCCACGGCAUAGGUAAGGCAUUGAAUUAGGGGAAAUGAUGUUAUUGAGCAAAAUUUAGAUGGGAAACAAGACUAACCCAGCUAGAGGACCUGAGGCUCUCAUGUCCGUAAGGGUGUCGAUCAGAAAGCUUGCAGUUAAACACAGGAGACCCAGGCAAAGACGGCAAAGAGGAGGAGUAGGUUUUAAACUACUGAACUCAUCACGGAGGAAGGAUUUCUAGUCUAUUCCCAGCAGGCCAGGAAAUGGCUGAUGCUCCCUCUAAGACGGACCCUUUGUAACUUCAGCCAACUGUGUAUCCUUGUGCCUCAGAACCGUGACAAUUUAGAGAGUCUUUUGUGGCCCCAGGCAUAGGAGUGAAGCGUGAGUGAACUGCAGACUCACACCCAUGAAGGUGACCGGCGCACAGGCACGGGGCUCAUCCUGGGGGCGGGGCGGGGGCGCGGGGGCGGGUCUGCGCGGCUUCAUCGGGGGCGCAUGUGUGCACCGACUGGGUAUCUUUGUUGGCAUUGCUGGAGUUUUCAUGACUGUGGUAAGAGGACCUGGGUUAGUUCUGUUGGUGGUGCUGCUGGAGGGCUUCCAGAACAUUCCCCAGGGCGAGAUGGGAGUCAGGCAGCCUCCACCAGAAGCUGGGUCAGCCUGGCCACUUGCCAGGAGGAUGGAAUGGCUUGUCCCGAACCCCUAGCCGGGACCUCCCUUCCCACGUCGGUGGGCGUUUGGGCUUUGGAUGACAGGCCCAGCCGCGGUCAAGGCAUCAGACCUUUGGUGGGCAGCCACACCAGAUGUGGCAAAACCAGUGGCUCCGGCUGGACCGCAGCGAACCAAAUUCAAAGAAGCCUGCUGUUCCUUUUUGUUUUCCUUUCGUCUCUCCUCUGCCUUCUCCGCCUGCGGAGAGGGCGCCUUCACAAAUGGCCUUAGAAUGCCGUUCUGAAGUUUGACAGAAUGAGACAACCAUCAAGUGAAUAUCAGAAGUAUUUAUUACUGCAGCUUAACCUGAAGAGUGAAAAAACAAAAAAACAAAAACAGAACUGUAUCACCAAUGUUUACAAGUCCAAGUAGACAUCCAGCCCGUGUAAAAAUGUAACUAAUGCAAGGGAUUGCAUCUUUCUUUUGUAACGAAUGCACUAAGCAACCCUGUAUAUAUUUUACAAAGUCUUUACAGAAAAAGAAAGAACCAUUUACUGUAGUGUUGUAAACUAAUGCACUUUUCUAAUUUUUUCAUUAAAAUCUC